AUGUUUACGAACUCCGCACCCUUCCAGCACAGCGGCUCCAAACCAAUCCCUCGUUGCUACAGACCCGGCCCGGCAAAUGUGCUACAGGCAUUAACUCUUUCAUGUUCAAACGACUUCAUCAAUCUGGAGCGAAUGGAGACCAUAGGCGAUAGUUUUUUGAAAUUCGCAGUCACUGUACACCUGUUUCUCACCCAUCCCCACGCUCAUGAGGGUAAACUAAGCCAUCUACGCAGCCGUUUGGUAUGUAAUUCCAACCUCUAUCGAUUGGGGCGAUUGAAAAACUUGCAAGACCGUAUUAUCGCCACCAAAUUCGGGCCGUAUGAGAACUGGGUCCCACCGGGCUACGUUGUUCGCCACGACAGACGCCUACCUACAGGGGUAAAAUCCGAUGACCCUCAUCAGGAAUCUAAACAGACCGUGGACCUAAACAUUUGGUCCACUGACACCCUGAUGGACGAUGAGGUUCUUCUGGGAACAAAAGUGUGGGAUGAGGAUAAAGUGACGCCAAUCGAUAACUUGUCGGUCUCAGUCUGGGAUCCGACCUCGCCGGAGGUCGUCCAAACUCAGCAAAGAAUCGAUCACUGCUUGGUCACCAUCCAGCAAGCCAUACCAGAUAAAUCUGUGGCAGACUGCGUGGAAGCGCUUGUCGGCUGCUAUUUAACUACGCGAGGUGAACGAUCUGCUUUGCGAUUGUUGCGUUGGUUUGACAUCGAUUGCCUGCCGGCUCCAGGUUCAUAUAUCCGUCCUCAUGGAGCUCCGUGGUCACCGCCACCACCAGCCUUUCCUCCCAACGACCCGCGUUGGGCCCAGCUGAACGAGGCCCGCCUCGUAUGGCGCCUAAAUGAACUUGAAAGUCAAUUGCGCUACACUUUUAAAGACCCCGCUCUGCUUCUUCAGGCAUUUACCCAUCCUUCCUAUCACCAGUUGCGCAAUACACCAUCUUCUGAAACCGACUCAGAUCAAUCCGUCACCACUUUCCUGACUGAUACUGAGUGCUAUCAACGUUUAGAAUUUCUGGGGGACGCAGUCCUUGAUUACGUCAUCACUCGAUUCCUCUAUGAGGAUUCUCAGCAACACUCUCCUGGAGUGCUGACUGAUUUACGUUCAGCGUUAGUGAACAAUAACAUCUUCGCGGCUCUGGCAGUUCGCAUUGGAUUGCAUGAAUUCCUUCGCGCCUCCUCUCCGCAAUUGUUACACAUGAUUGACGCUUUCGUGUGCUAUCAGAAAGAUGUGGCCAAGGAUGAUCUCGACUUCAUUACUAGCGAAGUGAGUUCCAUUUCCCUGGGGGUUACUUUUGAUGAGUACACUCUACCAGCCGUGUGA